UUCAAUGACAAUUGUUGAUAAUCAGCUGGAGUUAUUUUUUUGCGUUUGGUGAAAUAUUUGAGCACGAGCCCCUGCCAGUGGGGGCCUGCUAUAUAGCAUACUCACAUUAGCUUCCGGUCUUUCAUGAAGGGCUAAUGGAAGACGCAAGGGAUUUGAUACCAUGCAGCUUGCUUGCUGACCUUCUGCUUCUGGCUGAGCGCACUUCACGGUCAGAAAGGAAACGAAGAGACUCGUUUGGCAUGUUUGACGGGUAUGAGAGCAGCGAGGAGUCGAGCAGCAGCUCCAGCACUGAGGACAGCGAGGAUGAAGAGCGCAGUCUUCCUGCCGGUCUGCCCAUCAUCAAGAACAACGGGCAGGUGUACACCUACCCGGAUGGAAAAGCUGGCAUGGCGACUUGUGAAAUGUGUGGAAUGGUCGGGGUCCGAGAUGCUUUUUACUCCAAAACAAAGAGGUUCUGCAGCGUCUCCUGCUCCAGAAGUUAUUCGUCCAACUCGAAAAAAGCCAGCAUAUUGGCCAGACUUCAGGGGAAACCACCAACAAAAAAAGCAAAGGUCUUACAGAAACAGCCGCUCAUGGCAAAAUUGGCAGCUUAUGCACAGUAUCAAUCGAAUCAGCAGAGCCCAGCUAAAUCAAAAUCAGUUAUUCCUGUCGAGGGCUUCGACUGGGGUCGGUACAUUUGUAGCAAUAAUAUGAUCGGAGCUCCAGUGAGCUGUUUCAAACACGUACCCAUGGGUUUAUUCUGGGGUGACAUUACUGAGGGUGUGAGGGUCGAGGUUCUCAAUUCUGACACAAACCUCUCCACCAAAGUUUACUGGAUAGCAGGGAUUGUUAAACUGGCAGGUUUUAAAGCACUUCUCCGAUAUGAGGGAUUUGAUAACGACUCGAGCCAUGACUUCUGGCGUAAUCUGUGUGUCCCAGAAAUCCAUCCUGUCGGGUGGUGUGCCUCGAAUGGUAAACCCCUCGUACCUCCUAAAUCGAUCCAGCAUAAGUCCUCUAACUGGAAAGUGUUUCUCGUGAAGCGACUCACCGGGGUGAAAACUCUUCCCCCUGACUUUGCUAAAAGGGUGCAGGAGGGCACGCAAUACCCGUUUAAGAAGCUGAUGCGUGUGGAGGUGGUGGAUAAAACCCACCUGUGCCGGACGCGUGUAGCUCUGGUUGAGCAGGUGAUCGGGGGCCGACUGCGACUCGUCUACGAAGAGAGCCAGGACGGUUCAGAUGACUUCUGGUGUCACAUGUACAGCCCACUCAUCCAUUGCAUCGGCUGGUCGAGGAGCAUCGGGCACCGCUUUAAAAGAUCUGAGGUGUCAAAGAAAAUCGAGGGUCUGAUGGACGCCCCUUCCCAGUUAUUUGUCAAGGUGAGGGAUGUCGACCAGAAUGGCGAGUGGUUUAAAGAUGGCAUGAAGCUUGAAGCAAUAGACCCUCUCAAUCUCUCAGCUAUAUGUGUCGCUACUGUAAGAAAGGUGUUGGCAGAUGGGUACCUCAUGAUUGGGAUCGACGGCUCAGAAGCAGCAGAUGGCUCCGAUUGGUUUUGCUACCACUCCACCUCUCCCUCCAUUUUCCCGGUGGGCUUCUGUGAAAUCAACAGCAUUGAGCUCACGCCUCCGAGAGGGUACAAUAAACUGCCAUUCAAAUGGUUUGACUACCUCAGAGAAACAUGUUCAAUAGCAGCCCCUGUGAAGCUCUUUAACAAAGAGGUCCCGAAUCACGGCUUCCGCGAAGGCAUGAAGCUGGAGGCGGUGGACCUGAUGGAGCCACGUCUGGUGUGUGUAGCCACCGUGACCAGGAUCGUCCACAGACUCCUGCGCAUUCAUUUCGAUGGCUGGGAGGACGAGUAUGACCAGUGGGUGGACUGUGAGUCUCCAGACCUUUACCCUGUAGGCUGGUGUCAAGUCACCGGCUACCAGCUCCAGCCACCUGCCGCACAGACCACGAGGGAAGCACCGCCUAAUGUGACAAAGCAGAAAAAGAAAGCGCCACAGUACAAAGGACAGAAGAAAAAGAGGAAGAUUCCAGUUGGGAGGAGGCCGCUCGGGUUUGGCGGGUCUCGGAGGAGCAGUUUCUCAGGCGAUGAAGAGCAGACUCCGUCCCUUUACCUUCCCCACCCACCUGGUGUGGCGCGCGAUCGCUCACUCAACUCAGAGGCCACGCUGCAGAUAAAGGAGGAGACUCCAGAGGUGGACGAGUUCACCUUCUCCCAGGGCACAUCAGACCAAGAGAGCAACGGCUCGGGCGGUUACUACAUCAAACAGGAGCCGUGAGCAUCAGCCCUGCUGGAGCCUUACCUCACUGCCAACAGCACUGGAAAAUCCCGUUCAGAACGACACACACACACACACACACACACGUGGCCUGGGAGAACAGGGUGACCUUACUUCCUCUUGCACGCCAGGUCCUUUUCUUUUCAGGUAAGAAAAGCUGAUGAAGAGACGCUUAAGAGUUCUGCGAGAGAGACGUAACGGGGCUUUUUCUUUGGAAAGGGGAUUUUUCCUGACUUUUGUUCAAUCAGUUUGCCAGAUGGACUUUUUUCCUCAGUGAUCAUUGUACUUGAAGUUUUCGUAGCCUUUUUUUUUUUUCUUUUUGGUUUGGUUUUUUUUCCUGUAAAAUUUUCAGUAAUUUUUUUUUUUUUUUUUCUUUUCCAAGACCGUGUGUCUCAUGCGCUGAUUUUUAUUUCAAAAAGCCCUUUUUAUUUGGAUGGGUGUGGAUUUUGUAAGAGCAGUAAAAAUCUAUAUUGAUAAAGUAUAUCCAUAUAUGUAUGACAUUAACUAAAUAGUAGAGUAGUGGAGUAAGGGUUAAUAUUCUAUUGGUCAUAAACCUUCCUGGUAAGAAGAGGUAUAGCCUAAUGGAAAACACUGUCACAUUUUGCACUACAGGGAUGUAAAAUUAAAUGUAUAUCAGCCUGUGAAAAUGUUGAAGUUACAGCUUUAUUGUAUUAAAUGACAAACAAAUGUACAAUAUGUAUAGUGGCUGACAAGUCAACUGUUCAGAGAGGGGAUAUUUGCUCUAAUCAGCAUUACAAUAUGCAAGAACAUUUCUUUGAUAUGAAGCCAGUGUUGAUUUAUCUCUUGAUCUCGUACGUGGAGCCAUUUUUAUAUACUGGUUUAAGUAUUUUAUGAGCCACAGAAUAAACAAAAGAAGAACAUGACAUUACUAGCCACUCAACACUACUUUUGCCAUGAUCUUAAACUCACACAGCAGAGACUUUUGAGUAUCGCUGAGACGUGAGAUCCAAGUUCAUCCCUGAAUGCCAUGACAGUUUACCAGCCUCUCUGCUUUUGUACUGAACCAAUGAGUGAUUACGCUUCUAUCCUGAGAGCAAUCGUCAAAUCUGAUGUGUUCGAAUCCGAACAUUCAUUCCAGAAUAAAGAUUUUUUUUUUUUGUACUACCUCUUUAAAAUGAGUUUAAAAUCUACAUCGGCUAAGGGUUCACGUGUAAUCGUGCCGCUUUUGCUCGGUUCUUUAACCAUCUUCCUGCAAUAGCUAGUUUUCACUUACCAUCGGAAGGACUAUAAUUCACCGUAUGCAAAAUGAGUUUAUAAGUUCACAUGCACCAUAUAAUAUACUUUACAACUUUACCAAACAUUUAUAUUUGUUACAUAUUGUGAUAUUAAGAGUCCUUAAAAUUGAAGAUAUGCAAUAAUACAGUAAUGUGUUGUUUUACAAUGUCUUAUUCUUUAAAAAAAAAAAAAGAAAAAAAAAAGAAGAAAUUAUCAGAACACAUAAAUAUAUACUUACAUUCUAUAAACCUAAAUCAGAUACUCUUACAGUAUGUUGUAAAACUGUGAUGAUUUUGUAGAAGCUAGACUUUCCCUCUAAUGGACUAUCUUGAGUGUUCUAUAAUGAAAAAAGGAAAAAAAAAAACCCAAGAUAUUGUUUGCAUAGUGAUUUAUAUAAUUCUUCUAUAAUUAUAAUCUCUAUCAGUACCAGUGAGGCUGUUGGUGAAUUUCUCAGGAAAUCUUGUAUUUCAUUGGCUUUUUGUUUUAUUUUCUUCUUCUUAUUAUUAUUAUUAUUAUCAUUAUUAUUAUUAUUAUUAUUAUUAUUAUUAUUAUUAUUGUUAUUUCCUCAUAUUACUGAAUCCAGUUUCCAUAUCGAUGUGAACGUUUUCCUGCAUUUGCUUUCAUUUACAGUACCUCAUAGAGUAAUACAGAACUCAGAAGCCAAACGAAAUCUUUCUAAAGCCCUAUCACUCGAACCCGGUCUCGCAGAGCCACAGCACUGAGCUCGUCUAGGUUUUCUCUGCGUUUGUGCAUGUGACUAGGCUCACGAAGGCUGUGGAUCAGGUGCGAGUCAGAUAAGCUUAAACCACGCAGUACUCGUGACUUCUCAGACUCGCUCGUACGGACCCCGUUCCACUCUCUGGGUUUUUAUCCUCUCCACUCCUCCAUGUGCCAGUUUCAAGAUUUUCACCGAGCUAGAUGUUAAUGCUUUCGAUGUGUGUUUUUGUUUUAAGCUCUAUAUGACAUCUGUUGAAGCAAUAACAUGUUGUGCUACAAUGUUGUCAUAUCGAUGUGUUUUUGCGUCAGUGGUUGCUUUGUACAUUUGUGCAAAUAUUUUUGCUUUUUACUUCCAUUCGACUGUUCACUUGUGGUCUUCUAACGCGGUCUCAGUUUUCUAUAUAGGCUAUUCCUCAAAAUCAUAGCAUCAGGAUUACGGUCAACACUGGUUUGAUGUCAGCUCACGUUAUUUUUAAUGAUUAUUCUCUUUUUUAUUAUUAUUAUUAUUAUUAUUAUUAUUAUUAUAAUUUUGACCAAAUUCACCUAAUUGUCUGCAUCUAUUAAGACAUGACUGUUUCAAGGCAUGAGAUUUUUGCUGCUACCCUCAAAUCAAUCAUAACACACCCUAACGCACAACUUCACCUUUAAAGCUAAAAAAAAAAUUCUCUACAGCAAAUGUGAUGCCUUAUCCUGUUUAUUCAAUAUUAGAAGUGUUUAAAAAAUGUUUCUAAUUUUAAAAAAAGAAAAAGAAAUUAAGGGAUAACAAUGUGCAGUAGAUUGAUAAUCAUCAGUGCAUGCAGCAACGUGAGAAUCCGAGAAGACCAGCGCCGUCCUGGUCUCGAAUACUAACGGGUUUUUGUGAUAUUUUUCCCUGUCCUUAGUAAUGACAUCAUGGUGCUAUAUAUUUGAUAACUCAUUCGCUUGAUCUACGAGAGGAAAUCAAGUCUGUAAUUUUAGGGUGGAGACUGAACAUAAAAGUGAAAUCUUAAAAUUAAAAAAAAAAAAAGCUUAAGCAUUUUUAAAUCUGUAUUUUGGAUACAAGUAGCUGAAUUAUUUGUAAUAAUAAAAACUGAACUAACAUUAGCCCUCAUGGUACAUUAGAGGUGAGGGUUUGGGGUUUGUAACUUUUUUUUCAUAGAGUCUGUACAUGUUCUUUCUUUUGUUUCCUAUGAUCUUUUGUGCUGUGAUUAUAGGAUUUGAUAGCUUCUAAUGUAUAUAGUUCAAAUCUGUGUGUGUGUGUGGGGGGAGGGGGGGGGUCUCGUUGGUUGAGAACAUGUUAAUUUGUUUACAAGCAUUGCAAACUGUUUCCGCAUGGCUGUGAAAAUGUAUCUGUUGAUUUUUGACAAAAACAUUUUACACUGAAUUAAAGGAUGCUUUUAAAAACGUC